AUCGCAAUCCAUUAGGGAGGGCUUCUGGAUUACGUUGAGAGAAAUUCUGAUGUUAUCAUACAAUUUUGGAUCACCCAGAUAGAAUAGAAUCGUGAUCCCUACUACGCUCCUCCUUGUGACGUCGGUUCAUUCAGAAUAAUAAAAGGCGGAGGUACCGCUUUACUCCAGGACAGAAUUAAGCAGUGUUCGAAGGAGCUAAGGCACGGAAGUAACUGGAGUUUACAAGUAACCUGUUCGCCUCAAGAGCCACUCCAUUCGGAUUUUAAUCUGGGAUAGAUAUACCACCCUGAAGGGUUUGUAUAAUAAUCCCAGGUUCUCCGACAUGAUGUUCCAAGGCUUCACCGCUGACUACGACGCCUCUUCCUCCCGCUGCAGUAGUGCUUCCCCGGCGGGGGACAGUCUCACCUACUAUCCUUCUCCCGCGGACUCGUUCUCCAGCAUGGGCUCGCCUGUUAACCCACAGGAUUUCUGCACGGAGCUAACUGCCUCCAGCACUAACUUUGUCCCUACGGUGACUGCCAUCUCCACAAGUCCUGACUUGCAAUGGAUGGUCCAACCAACUCUGAGCUCUUCGGUGGCCCCUUCGCAGAAUCGCACCCAUCCUUAUGGGCUCGCUGCUUCUCAAACUGGUGUAUACCCAAGAGCUGGAAUAGUCAAGACGACUGGAAACAGAGGGCAAAGCAUUGGCAGAAGGGGCAAAGUUGAACAGCUGACGCCAGAAGAGGAGGAGAAAAGGCGGAUUCGGAGAGAAAGGAACAAGAUGGCAGCCGCUAAAUGCCGCAACCGGAGAAGGGAGCUGACCGAUACCUUGCAAGCGGAAACCGACCAACUGGAGGAGGAGAAGUCCGCGCUCCAGACAGAAAUCGCCAACCUGCUCAAAGAGAAGGAGAAGCUGGAAUUCGUGCUGGCUGCUCACCGCCCUGCCUGCAAGAUCCCCGAGGAGUUACAGUUCUCGGAAGAGCUGGCGGUCUCUUCCCUGGAUCUGUUGGCCGAUGCGCCCGUGGCCAGCUCUCCCGAGUCCGAAGAGGCGGCUUUCGCCCUCCCGCUACUGCCGGAGCCGACCCGGGCAGAGCCCGCCAGGGAGAGCAAUGGCUUGGAGCUGAAGGCCGAGCCUUUCGACGACUUCUUCACCCGCUCCGCCCGCGGGACGCCGCGCUCUGUACCCGACAUGGAUCUGUCCGGCUCUUCUUCCUUUUACGCCGCGGACUGGGAGCCCCUGGGGCCAGCGGUCACCGCGGAUCUGGAGCCCCUUUGCACUCCGGUGGUGACCUGCACGCCCUGCCCCAGCACCUACACCUCCUCCUUCGUCUUCACUUACCCGGAGACCGAGUCUUUCCCCAGCUGCGCAGCGGCUCAUAGGAAAGGAAGUAGCAGCAACGAGCCCUCUUCCGACUCCCUCAGCUCCCCUACUUUGCUGGCUUUGUGAAGGGACUGAGUCCCCGAGCAAUAAUCGCGGGGCUGGGUGAAAUCAUCGUUCCUACCCCGUCUUGCUGCUGCCGCUACUGCUGCUGCCGCUGCUGUUCCUGCAUGGGGCCUUAGGCCGCAAAGGAGCCACUCUCGGAGUCCCAAGGCCUGGGGAAGACGAAGCGCCUCCAUGCUGGCGUGAGGUACGGGCAGCCCAUCUGGAGUGAAAUGACUUUGCUGAAGGACUGCUUCGCAGCCUCUCACAAGGCCCGAUUCUUCUUCCAGAGAUGUAGCAAAUCGCAUGGAAUCUGUCUUGUCCCCACCCAUGAGAACUAGCAGUUUCAUAGCAUGUUCAACAUGGCUGGGUUGGUGACUCCCUUCCCUCCUUACUAUUCACUAGCAUUAGCUAAUUAAUCUGUUGGUUUAAUGAUUGGAAUUUUGAUAUGGUGCUGGGUAUCUAGUGCAGCUGAUUAACAAUAACUACUGUGUUCCAGGCAAUAUUGUGUUUUGAUCACUUAGCAAUUGUCUAACUUAACUGCGAAAAAGACAAUUUCAUUUUCUAGAUUAAUGAAUAGCUAUGUUGUCCAUGUACUAUAGUUCUUUGUUCAUUAAUGUCCAUUGUAACUUUAACUGAUCAUACAUCGUUGAAGUGGUCUGAAUGGUUUGACAUAAGUUUUCCAUGAAAACGUUUUAUUGUGUUUUUAAUUUAUUUAUGAAUAUUUAUAUUUAUUUUUUUCUACCUUGAGGUUGAAAUGUGGAAAAGUGAAUUUGAAUGACACUUAAGCAUUGUUUGCUUACUGUUCAAGAUCCUGUCAAUAAAAGCAUUUAAGUCGAA